CUUGAAGCGUCGGCGUCGAUCGCUCAAUCGCGUUCGCGCAUCGAAACGCUCCGAUUUUCACCGAUUUCCCACUUUCCCUCGCAAUUUCCACACACGGCACGCCAGGGAAUCGACGAUCUAUGCGCUGUUACGCCACCUUUUAUGCAGCAAACCUGGCCGCAAUGAGUUCGGCACCUCGCCUCUCCAACCCAAUGAAAUAGUCUUCGCCCCUCUAGAAGGAUGAGCGCGCAGGCGGGCGGCGACAUCCCCACCAUCUUCAACCCAGGGGGCGGUCGCCAACGCGCGCCCAGUGUCGUCGUGACGGAAGAGGGGGGAGUGGGCGUGGCUAAUGGACCGUUCGGCCACGCCGACUCGAUCGGCAGCCAGCCGGAGUCCAGCGGAGGCGGAGCGACUGCUACUGGGGGCGGAGAUGGGGUCGUGACGACGUCCCCGGCUACACCCGCCUCUGGAGGGUUGGCCGGGAAGAUGAAGUCGUGUUCUACGUCCGUAUGCUCGAGGUCGGCAAGAAAGAUCUACUUCGGCAUUUGGGUAACGGUAUGCGUAACCGCAUCCUGGGUGGGAGCCACACACUGUAUCAAGUACCUGUACCUAGGCCGACCAAGAGAACCGGAAACUGAUGCUGACCCUAUGCUUCUGCCUGCUGGUAUCAACGAAGUCAACAUGACAGCCAUACAGCCUGUGCAUGUAUAUAGUGUUACUUAUCAAGCGCCGUUCUUCACCACGUGGUUCGUCACGAAUUGGACAAUGCUGUUCUUUCCUUUGUACUACCUGACAAGGUUGAGCAACAGAAGGUGUGAAUCAAUUUUUGAUAUUCUUUCAGAGAGCAUAAGAGAUUUCAGAGAUAAAGGAUUCACAGCAGUGCGUUUCAUGACCCGCUGCAGCCUAUUCUGCAUCUUAUGGGUAGGCACGAACUACAUGUACAUAAUGUCCCUAAGGAUCCUGCCUGCGACGGACGUGAUGGCGCUCUUCGCUACCAACGUCUCAUUCGUCUACCUGCUCUCUUGGGUUAUUUUGCACGAGCAGUUCGUCGGUAUUAGAAUAAUGGCUGUGAUAAUAUGUGACACUGGCGUAGCGUUGUUAGCGUAUAUGGACGGUAUCACCGGUAGUCCCACUUUGGGAGGAGUGGUGCUGGCCACUUCCGCUGCGGCAGCUUCAGCGGUGUAUAAGGUGCUAUUUAGGAAAGUGGUGGGAGAUGCCACCUAUGGUCAGGUGGCGUUAUUCUUUUCGUUAAUCGGCAUGCUCAAUGCGGCGUUCCUGUGGCCUUUAUGUUUGGGCCUGUUCCUACUAGGUACGGAGACUUUACACUGGGAAACGCUACCGUGGCCAGCGUUACUCGCCGCAAGUUGUCUUUCUCUAGUUGCCAAUUUACUGGGUAACUUCAGUGUUGCCCUUACUUAUGACCUGUUCAUCACAUUAGGACUUAUAACAGCUGUUCCAGUAUCAGCAGCUUUAGACGUGGUGCUAUACGACGCAAGCUUCGAGGGCAUGAAGUUAGCAGGAAUGAUCCUGAUCGCUGUGGGCUUUUUCUUGGUCAUGUUUCCAGAUAACUGGCCGGACUACAUAACUAGGCUGUUGAGAAAUAUCAUUCUGUUGAGUCACAGCCAGGCUUUCUGAGGCGGCAGGACCUACCGGUUAACACCUAACCACAUCGACACCAUGGCACUCUGCGUCCCAUUUACACAUCAUAUGGAGCCGAAGAAGCCGUAGGGGAUCGCAGAGCUCUCACCGGGCCCCCGUAAUGGACUACCGCACAGGGUACAUCAGGUCGCAUCUGCGGUCGCCUUCCGGCAGGGUGCGGUGACCAAGCUACCAUCUCGACGAACCAAUCAUCAACGAGUUUUACUUGACACCACUCUAGACAUUUUCUUCGGAGCAACGCAUGAAACGGUGGUGGUUAUCGUAUUUAGCAAUAAGGGUAGGAUUCGGCAUUCAACUGGCCGAAGAAAUGAAUUACGAUGGCGGUCCGAUAAGUACUUGGUCUAAGGCUACUGUCAAAAUUUCAGUCGAAUCGGACUAGUAGUUUUGUUUAGACCGCGCGUGGAAGCGGGAGUGUCCGCGGAUUUUAGAACAAUGAAAAUAGGGCAAUAUCGGUCGGUGAUUCGAUUCUUGUUUUCGGAAGGGAAAUCGCUCAGCGAAAUCAAAGAGCACUUGGAUGCUCUCCUUCGAUGGCGACCGUCAAAAUUGGUUUACCGAGUUCUAACGUGAUCGUACGUCGGUUAUCGAUGAGCCACGUCCAGGUACCCCGAAAACGGCUACUACGGAGGACAACGCGACAAAAAUCCACGAUCUCGUAUUAGCAGACCGCCGAUUAAAGGUGCGCGAGGUAGCUGAGGUACUAGGCAUCUCAAAAGACCGCGUGGGACAUCCUGCGUAAAAUAUUGUACAUGAGAAAGAUGUCCGCGCGACAACAACCAUGAGACCCCUCCAGAGCAGUGUUUGGCGCUGUUUAAGCGCAAUCCGUAGGGGUUUCUGCAUCGUUCCGUGACUGUCAACGAAGCAUGGAUCCAUUGGUACACACCAGAGAUCAAGGAACAGUCGAAACAGUGUCGAACGUGCUCUGGAAAAGGCAAAAACUGUCCUAUCGACCGGAAAGGUGAUUGCCACCGUUUUCUGAGAUUCACAAGGUGAUAUCUACAUCGAGUUUCAACGUGGUCGCAUGUCGGUUUUCUAUGAGCCACGUCCAGGUACCCCGAAAACGGCUACCACGGAGGACAACGCCUUCAGAGCAGUGUUUGGCGCUGUUUAGGCGCAAUCCGUAUGGGUUUCUGCAUCGUUUCGUGGCUGCCGACAAAGCAUGGAACCAAGGGUACAUACCAGAGAUCAAGGAACAGCCAAACAGUGGCGAACGUGCUUUGAAGAAGGUGAAGACUGUCCUAUCGACCGGAAAGGUGAUGGCCGCCGUUUUCUGGGAUUCACAAGGUGUGAUCUACAUGACUACCUCUAGAAGGGUAAAACGGUCACAAGGUUCUAUGAACUAUUGGGCCGACUUGACGCCGAAUUGCAGAUAAAACGGUCCCAUUUGGCGAAGAAAAAGUGCUCGUCCACUAUGAUUAGGCAACGAACUGCUGCCCCGUCCACCGUAUUCUCCAGAUUUGGCCCCGGCGACUUUUUGGUUCCAAACUUGAAAAAUUCAUUCGCCUGGCAGCGAUUUGAGUCGAAUGAGGAGGUUAUCGCCGCUACAGAGGCUUACUUUGCAAACCUUCAAAAAACGUAUUUUUCAGACGGGUUAAAGAAAGAAGAAAAAGAAGAAGAAAUAAAUCGCCACUUUUAAAAAAGUUUCGUAUUUCUUUUAUAGGCUAAGUACUUAUCGGACCGCCUACGUACACCAGCGAUAUACAAUGUAGAACAGACAAAUGAAAAUAAUAGUAACUGGAAAUAAUAUACCUUAUUGAUCAUUUUCAUUGCUGUCGACUUUUUGUUCUGAUAAAUAAUCUCAUGUCUUUUUUGGCCAGUUGAUGACAUUCAUGCAAGCGAUUUGAGUUCGACAAUACUAUUCGUCGUACCUUCUGUCAAGGCUGUCCGAGACACCUCAGCCUUUAGGUUAUAGUAAUUGCAAAGUCGGUAUCCGUCGUCAGUCUGUUGGGUCUAGUGGACUAGAAGGCGCACGAAGUAUAUGCAACCACUUAGGGUUAUUCCAAAAAAUAAGGUUCCCACACUUUUUCAGGCACAAGGAAUUUUUGAUUUCGCACCUGACGGUAACGGCGAUGAAAAGCUCGAUUGCGCAUGGCCGUCGGGCCAGUACUGAGCAUCGCAAAUAGGCGCUUGUUGUUCGAUGGUGGGGAGUCGACAAACACGACGGCGUUGCCAGAUUUCGCCUAGCAUCGUGAGAUAGAAGAUACUGAGUUGGGAAUCUUAUUUUUGAGACACCCCUCGUAUGUGAGAUGUAACAUGAGCUGUUUCAAUUUUGGCUUGUUAUAAACAAAAAUUUUUGGACUUGAACUGUCGAACUUAUAUUUUUGAUGGUUUAUAGGUAACUCAAUUUGGUUUACAGUGCGGGCUGCGUCCUAGAAAUAUUUCUUUCUUGCUAGGCUGUGUAAUCCACGGCUUUGCGUAACAAUUUGCUAUGUGAUCCUUAAGCAGGUGAUACGUACGAUGGGACAUCAGUUAUUAUUCUGAUUGAUCACAAAUAACUGUCUACACUGAGAACCAAAUUUGUCGGUGUGUAUAGACACAUAUGUUAGAAAGAGAUAGAAACCGGAGAUAUAGCGAAGCUCAUCAUCAAUUCCUUGAAUUAAGAUGCAAGUUGAAUAUCUGCUUAGUUUAUUCUCUACGCCCAAAUAACGGUCUUGUUUUGAACGUACGCAUUUUUUAAUUGUGAAUUGGGUGGAAUCUGUUCAAGAUCGAUUCCGGAUGGCUCCAUUUUAGGUCGGGAUCGCCACAAAUUCUGCAACAUUGCAUCAUUGAUUCGCUUGGUAACACCGCAUCUUGUACAUUCCAAGGCAAGGUUUCCACCUCCAUGAUCAUAGAUGAGCGAUUUUGGUCAGUACCCAUUGGGGAGUGUCGUUCUGGCUUAACGAUAACUCAAAAUGUGUUGAUUUUAUCACCAUCGGUGGAAAUCGAAGAUAAUUUCAAAAUAAAUUAAAACACAAGUCGCAUCAAAAUUGAAACAGAUAAUUCUGGUCAAAAUGAAAACAAACUAAUAGAUAUUCGAACGGAGCUCUAUCUUAGGUUGGACAGUGACCUAACCUAUUUUAGAAGCGCGUGCAAACAUUUUGUGGUGUAACAUAUUAGCAACGCGUCACACUGCAUUGACCUUCUGCGUCGCCGUUGCUAGGCAAUGUGGUGAUUACCUUCGCUCUUGAGCCGGCUUCUAUUUCUUUCUAAUAUGUGUUGAUACACACUUCUCACGACAAAUUUAGCUUUCUUUGUAUACGACGCCUCUGUCGAGCGUUGUUCAUGAACACAUUUCGCUUGCAUAAAUGGUCGCAAAUCGGAGGAGAUAAAUUUUGACAUGGUAUCACGAAAUUUUGUAAUAAAUAAGUGUUUUGACAAGUACCCUCCAUGAGAAUAAUGAAUAAUGUAGUGACGAUUUAAGUUCUUGUUGGAAAAUGUAGUAUCAAAUGUAUACUGACAUAUUUGUUCAUUGAUAUACGUAUAGGUACCAACGGUUUUAAAAUCAAAUCAACGUAUACCAGAAUAGUUCUUGUAGAUUAUUAGAAUAUGUACGAAAUGUGAGGCCUAACUUGAGGUUUAUUUUCCCGUAAGCAAACCUAUUCUAUGAUACGUGAAAGUACACAUUUUUAUGGUCUAAUUUAACAAACACAAGAGGUUCUACAAAAUCGUAACGUUCGUGUGGAACUUGGUGGACCGUCAUGUACAUCGAAGUGGGAGUAUUUUAAUAGUUACCGUCUUUUGUCAUCCAAACUGUUUUUCCACUGUUCACCAGUCUGCAGAUGUACAUGAAAAGAUGGCACGUACCAGUAACAAAAGUAUCAUGUAAAAAACCUACAAAACGUCAAAAAAACCUAUAAGAUGUCAACUCGCAGACUAGGUAGUUUUUAGGGCGCAAACAGUCAUUCCACGUUUGCUCACUAGGAUCGUUGUGAACGUCCAUCUAUGAAAGAAUCACUCAAUAAUCUUGCGGACUGUAAAACGGUUUUGAUAUCAAUUCAAUCGAAUGCUCCAUCACAUACAUGUUGUGUUUUUUUAUUGCGUGUCCAACGAACAUUGUUGUUAAAAAGAUUAUUGUACGCCUAACCGAUAGAUCCAUGUACAUAUAUGUGUGUUUAUUUGUGAUUUAAAGUAUUCAGUACAAAAAGACAGGAUUUUCCCAAAAUACAAUACUGAUAUGUUUAGUACGAGCGAACGUAGUGUGCAUGGUCAAUCAUCGAAUUACAUAAUUUGUAAAAAAUGUGUAAAAUAAAACAUUAACUCA